AUGCCGCCAUUCAUCCCCCGCAAGCGCUUCUCGUCCGAGGACCCGCCCCCGGCUAAACGCCAGGCCCAGGCCAAACCGGACAACCCUGCCAAGCCCGUUACCGAUAACAAUGAUGUCGACUCAGAUUCCAGCUCCGAGCUCAGUGAUGUCCCCGAAGAGCCUGGUAGCUCAUCUAAAGCAACACCAGCAGGGUUAGAAGAUUCCGAUGAGGAGGAUGAGGACUCCGAUGACGAAAUUGAUUGGGAAGAUGCCAUCGAUAUCAACAGCGCAACUACCCCAACGCUGGCUGCUCCAGAAUACCAGGACCUAGAGCUGACGCUGGAUAAAAAUGAGGCCCCUAUUGAGAGUCUGGUGGAUCCUAAAAAAGGACCGACUAAAAUUGAGCGCCAGAUUCGAAUCCAAUCGCAUUGUAUGCAUGUCCAGUGUCUACUCUUUCAUAAUGCCAUUCGCAAUUCAUGGAUCAAUGAUGCCAAGGUACAUGAAACUCUUCUCAAGAAAUUACCGGAGGGGAUUCAUAAAGAAUUGAAGAAAUGGAAGAUCGCCUCUGGGUUAGAGCUACCUGAGAAGAAGCCUGAGCCACCCAAGCCAAAGAAGAAGAAAGGCAAGCAGGCACGGAAGAAGGAGGACUGGGGUGAGGACUCGGAACGGCUAGAACCUGGUCAGCCAGAUAUGAGUCGGGGCGAUCCCAUCAUCAUUCUACUCAAGGUGCUUGUCGCCUAUUGGAGGAAACAGUUUCAUAUCUCAGCUCCGGGUUUGCGCAAGCAUGGCUAUCGCCCUGUCGCAUCAUUGGAAACUGUGCUUAAGGACUUUCAUAAAGAAGAACACGAUCCUGAGAAGCAUGGAGAACGAAUAGGUAACCUUGAAGAAUUUCGAGAAAGGGCAACACGCAUGGAGGGUUCUCGAGACGUUGGGGCUCAACUGUUUACAGCUCUACUCAGAGCUUUGGGUAUCGAAACAAGGCUGGUAGCGAGUCUCCAGCCAUUAGGAUUUGGCUGGACCAAAGCAGAAAUUUACACCCCGCCCAAAGCAAAAACAAUGACAGAUCAAGAGAACCCUAGUGCUGGCGCUACGCCUGCACUCGACUCGGAAAACUCAGGGUCCGAGUCUGAGGUGGAGACACCAAAGUCGAAGAAAAAGAACCCCAGCAAAUACGAUGCCGAUCUAGUCUUCCCCAUUUACUGGGCUGAAGUUGCCUCUCCCGUUACUCAUGAAAUUAUCCCCGUCGAUCCACUGGUACUAUCCAAUCCAAUAGCACCUACCGCAGAACUUCAGGCCUCAUUUGAGCCACGCGGAGCUAAGGCUGAACGCGCAAAGCAAGUCAUAUGCUACGUGGUCGCACACUCGAAUGAUGGAACCGCCAAAGACGUCACAACACGUUAUCUCAAACGACGGACAUGGCCUGGCAAGACGAAAGGGUUCAGAAUGCCGGUAGAGAGGAUCCCGAUCCCCGGUCACCGCGGUCAAUUCUUUGAGUUCGACUGGUUCCGAGUGGUGAUGCGCGGGUAUGAGAGAGCCCCGGGUAAAAGAACCGAGGCAGAUAAACUUGAAGACGAAAAAGACCUCCAACGCAAACAGCCCGAGAAAAAGAAACCAUCCCAAGCCACAGAUACACUUCAGAGCCUUCGCACCUCAACGGAGUUCGUACUCGAGCGCUUCCUACGUCGCGAGGAAGCACUCAGACCAGGUGCGGAGACUGUACGUACUUUUGUGGCUGGCAAAGGUGCUCGAGCGAAAGAAGAGCCUGUAUUCCGACGUGCAGAUGUGGUAAAGUGCAUGUCGGCGGAGAGUUGGCACAAAGAAGGAAGACAGAUCCAGGCUGGAGCAGUACCACUUAAACGCGUGCCUAUUCGGGCUGUCACUCUCAUUCGUAAACGAGAAGUCGAAGAACUGCAACGCGAAACUGGCGAGAAACCUUUACAAGGACUCUAUGCUCGUGAUCAAACGGAGUACAUCAUCCCACCUCCAAUUGUCGACGGCAUCAUUCCCAAGAAUGACUAUGGGAACAUUGACUGCUUCGUUCCAAGUAUGAUUCCCCGUGGUGCUUCCCACGUGCCUUUACCGGGUACAGUCCGAAUCUGCAAGAAGCUUGGGAUUGACUAUGCAGAGGCUGUUACUGGCUUCGAAUUCGGAUCCAAGAUGGCAGUUCCAGUUAUUCAGGGAGUGGUGAUUGCGGCUGAGAAUGAAGAUCUACUUCGAGAUGCUUGGCGUAUCGAAGCCGCUGAAAAGCGUAAGCGUGAACAACUCAAAGCUGAGAAGCGGAUCUUGCAGACAUGGCGGAAGUUCUUGUUUGGACUGCGUAUCGCAAAGCGUGUGCGUGAAGAGUAUGGUGGUGGAGAUCCUGCGGAUGAUCACCAGCGAGAUACUAAUAACCCCUUUGCGGCUCGGAAAAAGAAGUCGGAUGACCAGGAGGAGACUGUCGAUGAGGGUCAUCUUCAUGAGGAGUCUACCCAUGAUGCUUUUGAUACAGGUGGAGGCUUUCUGUUACCGGGUGAGGAUGACGAUCAAGCGAAUGAUGGCUUGAUCGUGGAGCAUCAUAAGGAAGAUACAAAACAACAUGUUGAAGCUUCUCAUAAACUGGAUGAUCGAGAUGAUUCUGAUAGAUUAUCACCUCCAGUUACAAUAUCCUCUGGCUCGAAUGCUGAUCAGGAUGAAUCUGAGCCGGAUUAUGUACCGCCAACACGAGGCAAUACACGACGUCGUCGACGCGGAUGUUGA